GCCGGAGCAUGAAGCUAUUGCUGAACCUGGUCAGGAGCUUCCUGGUAUGCGGCUUUGUGCUGAUGUUUACCUUACUAACCUGGACACUGAAACGAUGUCUGGAUAUCACCCACUCCUUGGUCAUAUAAUGGUACUAAUUAUGGAGCAACAGGAGGACUAGAAGGAAGGGGAGUCCUAGGAGGAGGAGGAGUCCCUGGAGGUGGAGGAGUACUAUGUGGCAGGUAGGCAGCCUUAUCGCUGCGCCCGAUUAAUCUGGCCAUCACUUUAUUUACCCAACUUGCUAGGAGAGUGAGUUGGAAUUAUGAGUUUCCCGAACUUAUCGGCCGGGCAAUCAAUAAUGCCCGGUCUUAUCGCCCUCGCACCUUUCUCCACAAACUAUGAUUACAGUGGAGACUGGCUGCCAAGGAAAGCCAGUCAUCACUGUAGCUGCAAGAGCGACGGGCGGCCGUUAUCUGACCGUCCCGGGCACAUGUCGAUGGCUGUUCGAUCGAAUCGGUUGCUCAGCGGGUCCCGGGUCCCGCUGCUCUUGCUCCUGUUCCUGCUAGCUGGGACACUCAUAAUCGUCCACCGGGUCUCCCGCUCCCCGAUCCUCAAUCAGUACAUGAUCUUGCGCGAACAUCUGAAGGAACAUCCCACCUCCAGUUCCAGGACACGCACCAUUCUCAUCUGGAACAAAUUCUUUGGGGAUCCGCGCUGGAAACUAUCCUGGGACACUCUGGGUCCGCAGGAGCUGCGUGAUGAGCUCCAGUGUCCUGUCUACACCUGCGAACUGAGCAACAAGCACGACUACCUGCCCAGUCUGGACAUGUACGAUGCCAUUGUCUUCCACGCCGCCGAAAUGUAUUCCAUUUUCGAACCAGUUCCCUCCCCACGGAGUCCUCACCAGGCCUAUGUCUUCGCUUUGAUGGAGCCACCCGGCGAGACCAAGCACCGGCUGGACGACGAGAUCGGUUUCUACAACCUGACGAUGACCUAUCGCCUGGACUCGGACAUCGUCUGGCCCUACGGCCAGGUGGUGGACACCGAAACGGGUAAUGUGGUGGCUCCUAGUCCUCAUCCACAUUGGCGGAAACCACCAAGUGGCUUUAAUAAUACGGAGAUUUGGGAUCUGUGGCCGGGAAAGACUAAGACCGCUGCCUGGUUUGUUUCCCAUUGCGAGACGCUGUCGGGGCGAGAGGUCCUGGCGGAGAAACUAAAGGAAUACUUUACGGUGGAUAUUUACGGAAAGUGCGGAACUCUCAGUUGCGCUCGCGGAGAUCCCUAUUGUGAUGAGAUGCUGGACACGGACUACCUCUUCUAUUUGGCUUUUGAGAACUCCAUCUGCGAUGACUAUGUGACGGAGAAGUUGUACUCUGCACUACGGCGUAACAUCAUACCCGUGGUGUUUGGCGGAGCGGACUACUCCAGGAUACUGCCACCACAUUCCUACAUCGAUGCCAAUCAGUUCGAGACAGUGGCCGACUUGGCCCUCCACAUGGACUAUGUGGGCGGGGAUCCGGCGGAGUAUGUUAGCUACUUUUGGUGGCGGGAGCACUAUAGUUUGGCCAGCAAAUCACCGUUCUGUGACCUGUGCGCCCGGCUGCAUGACCCCGCCUUCAAGUACAAGUCGCAGGUGUACGGCGACAUACAGUCCUGGUGGUUCAACAGUUGCCGGCUGCAGAGUCGCAUUCAAUUGGAAAGAGAUAGCUUUAGGAGAGCUGCCCACCAAACCGAGUGAAAUGGCCUGCCUCUGCCGGGAAAAUGGUCUGAAUUUCUCUCUAUCCUCUUGGGGAUUGUUUGUUUUCGUUUUAUUUUUGGGUUUAUGGCCACGAAAAAACCACAAAAAAGCGGAAACAUACCUAGGUCCCACCUAGGUGACAUGUCAAAUCGACAACCAAUCCCCGAUAUUUGUGUUAAGUAUCCGCCCGAUAAGAUAGUGCCGCACCAGCCCAUGAAAUAUGUAUGUGAAAAUCGGUCUAAUGUGCUCCAGUGACUCACUUGCCCGGCUCUUAAUUACGAUCUUUAUCGCCAAAAAAUAAGUCACAACCCACACACACCUGUUAGUCCGCCUAGAUUUAGAUCGGAUUUAUCGGGAAAGGCCUGGAUACUGGGCAUGGAACACUGACCUCAGCCCCUAAAACCAUAUUGAUGUUAUUUAAUUAAUAUUUAAGACUCAGGAAUAAGUGUGCAUUUUUUUUAAAACUAAUUAAACACAAAAGUGCCUUAAUUUUAAUUCUGAA